AUGGGCCAGCUACGAGUAUAUGGCAAGGAUAGGGUCCGCUUUAUGGAGUCCUUAACAGUAGGAGACCUGCAGAUACUUAAACCAGGGGAAGGGAGGCUCACGCUGAUCACAACACCUCAGUCUACCAUAAUUGACGACACGGUUAUAUGCAACGAAGGGGAUCAUCUCUAUGUGGUACUUAAUGCCAGUAAUACCGAGAAGGAUAUGAAGCAUAUUGUAAGCAGAGGAGACUUCGAUGGUGAUGUUAGUCUUGAACCACAUCCCGAGGCCUCCCUCAUAGCCCUACAGGGCCCUAAGGCGAUGGAAGUGCUCCAGCCCAUGCUAGCUGAGGACCUCACAAAGGUGCCGUUUAUGGUAUCUUUCGCCACUACAGUGAAUGGUGUACCCAACGUCACAGUCACCCGAUGUGGGUAUACUGGAGAGGACGGCUUCGAGUUGUCUAUUCCGACCUCAGAGGGAGUCAAUGCUAUAGCGGAGAAAUGA